AUGCCGUCAAAAAGGAGAAACAACGGAAGAAACAAGAAGAACAAGGGUCAUGCUGAUACUGUGAGAUGCACUAACUGCGGUAGAGUCGUCUCUAAGGACAAGGCCAUCAAGCGUUUCCAAUAGAGAAACAUGGUGGACGCAUCAUCCAAGAGAGAUAUCCAGGAGAAUUACGCAUAUGCCCAAGCUGACUUCCAAAUGCCAAAGAUUUACGUGAAGCUCUCUUACUGUGUCUCCUGCGCUAUCCACGCCAGAAUCGUCAGAGUUAGAUCCGUCGUCGACAGAAAACACAGAUACACCACCAAGCUCCGCCAUCACGUUCGCCCUGAGGCCCUCACUGGUAAUGCUUCACUCCCACUUUCUGCCUUGCCAAGAAUCUGA